AUGUCUGCUCCACAAGCUAAGAUCUUGUCCCAAGCACCAACUGAAUUGGAAUUGCAGGUCGCUCAGGCCUUCAUCGACUUGGAGAACUCCUCCCCAGAGUUGAAGGCUGACUUGAGACCAUUGCAGUUCAAGUCCAUCAGAGAGAUUGACGUCGCUGGUGGCAAGAAGGCCUUGGCCAUUUUCGUGCCAGUCCCAUCUUUGGCCGGCUACCACAAGGUCCAGACCAAGUUGACCAGAGAGUUGGAGAAGAAGUUCCAGGACCGCCAUGUUAUCUUCUUGGCCGAGAGAAGAAUUUUGCCAAAGCCAUCCAGAAGAUCCAGACAGACCCAAAAGAGACCAAGAUCCAGAACUUUGACUGCUGUUCACGACAAGAUCUUGGAGGACUUGGUGUUCCCAACCGAGAUCGUUGGCAAGAGAGUCAGAUAUUUGGUCGGUGGUAACAAGAUCCAGAAGGUCUUGUUGGACUCCAAGGACGUCCAGCAAGUCGACUACAAGUUGGAGUCUUUCCAGGCUGUCUACAACAAGUUGACCGGUAAGCAAAUCGUGUUCGAAAUCCCAUCCGAAACUCACUAA